AUGCUGCGAACACUGUAUCGAACAGUGCAUCCGCUCCUGAUGAUCAUAUCGCGAGUAUACUUCUUUUGCGUUCAUCUUAUUUUUCAAUUCAUAAGCCUUUUCACUUCUCGAAUUUAUGUCACUAAACCAAGUGAUGGAAUACUAAUGAUCAGUGCAACGCAAGCGGUUCAGAAGAUUAUUAAUCGUGAGAUUUCAUCCCUCGAACUUGUAGAGGCCUACAUCCACAGGAUAGAACAAGUGAAUCCUAUAAUUAAUGCCGUUGUUGUAAAGAACUUCGAUGAAGCCAGAGAAAAAGCGCGAGAAGUGGAUUCGAGAAUUGCAGAUGCAGCUGACAGCGAGCUGGACGAGAUGAUUAGUGCGCAACCGUUGCUCGGCGUGCCAUUCACUAUGAAAGAUGCUAUACUUGUAAAUGGUCAUAUUAUCACUUGUGGAAUUUUCAGUAGGAAAGAUGACCGAUGCAAUCAGACAGCUGAAGUGGUUGAAAGGAUGAGAGCUGCGGGAGCCAUACUCCUAGCUAUUUCAAAUGUUCCCGAAGUGUGCAUGUGGGUAGAGUCGUGCAAUACCAUCUACGGUCGAACCACAAAUCCUUACGAUGCUAGAAGAAUGACUGGUGGAAGUAGUGGGGGCGAAGGUGCUUUGUUAGGAGCUGCUGCUAGUGUGAUUGGAGUUGGCAGCGAUAUCGGCGGUUCAAUACGUAUGCCAGCAUUCUUCAACGGAAUUUUCGGGAUGAAGCCGACUCCAGGAAUCGUACCCUUGGAUGGACAUAUCCCAAUUGCCACCAACUACAAAGCACAGAUGCUUAGGAUUGGCCCGAUGUGUCGAUUUGCUGAAGAUAUUCCGUUGUUGAUUAAAGUAAUGGGAGGUGAAAAGGUGGCAUCUCUGAACCUUGACGAGCCGGUAUCUAUGAGAAAGCUGCGAAUCUUCUAUAUGGAAGGCAUCAACGAUGUCCCGUUGAUUGCACCUUUGAGCAGGGAUAUGCGGAAUACAUUGCACAAGGCGGUCGGUUAUUUUGAGCGCAAGUAUGAUUUGGUUGCUCAUCGCUUGGAUUUGCCUCUGGCAAAGUAUGCUAUUGAGAUGUUCGUCGUCAGUAUGUACGUAAAAGGAGGACCAAAGCUUUCCGAGUACAUGCUCUGUGCAGAGGGAUCCAAGGGACGCGUAAACACUUUCACCGAGCUUAUAAAAUUCUUUAUGGGCAAGUCCAAUCAUACACUCCCAGGAAUCAUUGGCGCUAUUAUUGACAAUGCGGAUGCGCUGAGUGACGAACAAAAGAGAGAGAUCUCCUACAAACGUGACCGUUUGAUACGUGAAUUGAAAGAAUUACUUGGCAAUGAUGGAAUUUUCCUUUUCCCGAGCUGGCCGAGCACUGCGCUGUUCCAUAAUGAACCUUUAUUUGCGCCUGUGAACUUCGCAUACACCGCGCUUUUCAACGCAAUCGCUUUCCCAGCCAUCGAAUGUCCCAUGGGCUUGGAUAAGAAUGGAUUACCUUUAGGAGUGCAGAUUGUAGCUCCACCCAACUCGGAUCGUCUCCUAAUCGCUGCCGCCAAGGAUCUUGAAGAAGGUUUCGGUGGCUGGGUCCCAGCUGGACCACUUUAG